AUGUUUUUAUAUAAUAAAAUUGCAAAAUUAGCUAUUCCAGUUGGAGUAGCUGUUAGUUUAGCUCAAAAUAGUAUUUAUGAUGGAGGCUUUAGAGCAGUAAUAUUUGAUCGUCUCAAAGGAGUGAGGGAUACAUCAAUUGGGGAAGGUACACAUUUUCGAAUACCCUGGUUACAAAAAGCAGUAUUAUAUGAUGUUCGUACCAAACCUCGAAAUAUUUCGACAACCACGGGAUCGAAAGACAUGCAAAUGGUUAGCUUAACUUUAAGGGUACUUCAUAGGCCUCAAAUUAAACAAUUAGCACAAAUUUAUCAAACUCUGGGACAAGAUUAUGAUGAAAGAGUUUUACCAUCUAUUGGUAAUGAAGUUUUAAAAUCCGUGGUGGCACAAUUUGAUGCGGGUGAAUUGAUUACUCAACAAGAUCUAGUGAAAAGGGCAGCAGAAUUUAAUAUCGAAUUAGAAGAUGUAUCGAUUACACACAUGACAUUUGGUAAAGAAUUCACGAACGCUGUUGAACAAAAACAAAUAGCCCAACAAGAAGCAGAACGAGCAAAAUUCAUUGUGGAAAAGGCUGAACAAGAAAAACAAGCAUCCGUUAUUAGAGCAGAAGGAGAAGCGGAAGCAGCCGAGAGAAUAUCCAGAGCACUUGAUAAAGCAGGAGAAGGAUUAGUACUAUUACGUCGUAUAGAAGCAUCUAAAGAGAUUGCGGGAACAUUGGCAAAUUCACGUAAUGUAACGUAUUUACCUGGCGGUGGCGGUAAUCAAAAUGGAUCAUUCACUUCAUCAAAUUUUUGA